ACGGACACAGGCCUAAGUGGUGUGAAUACUGAUCAACACCACUGGAAACAGGAAGAGCAGGUGGGACCAUAUUUUUUCUCCUUCACCUGGGUUUUGUUAGAUGGAAAGGGCAGCAUAGGGACACCUGUAUGAACUUCGCUCCUUGGAGCCGGGGCUUUCCUGGAUGAUAAAUCUUUUGAGGGAUCGUCAUGCACUUUGGUUGUUCUCCACUGAAAUCACCUGAGUGAUGUUGAGUGUUGAAACACCGGCCUCCUGUGGGACUCUACUGCACUUGUUUUAAUGUCUGCAGGAGGAAAGUUUCCACAUGUGUGAAAAAUGUCCAGAUGUUCACAUCACAAAUCUGAUUGGAGAUUCAUCAAAAAAAGCAAAGACGUCCCUGAAGUUGACAGAGAUGGUUUCAACACAAAUGCUUGACACGCAGAAGAAAAAUCAACAAUUAAGCAUGGAGAAGCUUGGUUCCAUCUCAAACCCGUAAAGCAUGGAGAAAGCCAUGCCAGGUCUGAUGCUGGGUCUCCUGACCAAUCACACAAUUCCAAAUGACACGUCCGGCCAGCGGAGCACAACCAAGCCUACCCCUCCCAGCAUGGAGGAGGUCAUCCACUCCGAAUCCCAGAUUAAGGAUCUUGUUGGGCUGUUUUGCAUGGUCACCCUUAACCUAGCAGCUCUAUUGGGUAACAGCGGAGUCAUGGUGGCCAUUGCCCGAGCUCCUCACAUGAAAAAAUAUGUGUUUGUGUGCCAUCUUUGUGCAGUUGACCUGCUUUGCGCUAUAUUGUUGAUGCCUCUCGGGAUAGUAUCUAGCUCUCCGUUUUUCAGCACUGUAGCAUUUACUGUUCUGGAGUGCCAAGUCUACAUCUUUCUAAACGUGUUUCUCAUCUGUGCCUCUAUUCUUACUGUGACCGCCAUCAGUAUUGAACGCUACUACUACAUUGUUCAUCCUAUGCGAUAUGAGGUAAAGAUGACUCUAAACCUGGCGCUUGGUGUCAUGGUCUUCAUUUGGGUCAAAUCCAUCCUGCUGGCGUUGGUUACGCUUCUCGGUUGGCCAGCGUAUGGGAAUCAGAGCUCCAUUGCAGCGGCCCAUUGCUCUUUACACUGGAGCCACAGCCGCCUCAGGAAGGUUUUUGCUAUUCUCUUCAGCGUGCUUUGCUUCUUGGUUCCCUCUGUAGUGAUUUUUGCCGUAUAUUGCAAUGUAUACAAAGUCGCUCGAACGGCAGCCCGUCAGCACGCACCGAUGCCCACCUGGACGGCCAACCAGGCCAAGCGCCGCUCCGAUUCCAUUAACAGUCAGACCACUAUCAUCACCACCACCCGCAGCCUCCCCCAGAGACUGUCUCCUGAGAGAGUUUUUGGGGGCGGAAAGGCUGCUAUCACCCUGGUCAUCAUUGUGGGCCAGUUUCUUAUCUGCUGGCUCCCGUACUUCAGCUUCCACCUUCACAUGUCCAUCACAACUCCGCUUCAGAGCCCAGGGGACAUCGAAGAAGCCGUCACGUGGCUAGCGUACUCCUCGUUUGCUGUGAAUCCAUUCUUCUACGGUCUUCUGAACCGACAGAUCCGCGAGGAACUGAUAAAACUGAGAAAAUGUUGCGCCAGUAGACCCGUUGAACUUCGAGCCUCCAGUCACGAAGGUUCCAUCCAGGAAAACUUUCUUCAGUUUCUGCAGAGGACCAGCAGCACGGCUGAGACCACCAGGCCCAGUUGUGGCAAUUCCAGUCCGAGGAAUAAUGUGGAUCAGGGUGCCAGGUUACCUGGCCAGAUCCCUGAGGAAUGACCAGAAAAACAUGUCUCUAGUCCCACAAGCCAAAACAGGCCUUAUGAAGUUUUGUUUUUAAUAAGAAGAGCAUUAAUUCAAUAUUAAAUCCAUGCAAAAUCAGAUCUAAAUGCUCUUUGGAUCCGUGUAAUCUAUGUAUGCAUAAUUUGUUGUUAUUGUUCCCAUAGAUCAGUGGCAACAGUUAGGUAAUUUUUGCUGCAUAUUCAUUUAUUUCCGAUAAAUUGUUCAGUUAACUGCGAAUCACUCUUAGUCAUUAUUCAUUUGUUUCAUAAUAUCAACACUCACACUCAAUAAUUACUAUUCUUUAAGACUCAUAAUGGUGCCUAUAUUGAUACUAUCAUGACACAAAUAUCAAUUAAUGAUAAUAUUAUGUGCAUUAUUUCAGUGAAAAUAAUAAAACCUAUUUCUAGCAUUUGAAAUGUGCUUUAAUGCCUCACUUUGUAGGAAGUUUCUCACUCAACAAGUUACAUUACAAGGGCUAAUUCAAUUUGCUUUCUUCGUGUAUCUGAGGGAGCUCUGAUGUUCGUUACUAAUUCCAUGUUGCCCUGUAACCAUGGAAAUAUGAUGAGACAGAGACUUGCAUAGCAACAGGGCAGCUUUGAGUAUCAUCCUAGCAGAUUGGCUGAAAAAAAAAGAGUUUCAGGCUAGCUCUUUUUAUUAGUUGCAAUAUAUGGUAACACCUGGUUUAUAUGACUAUUAUGUUGGGAGAAGUUACCUAUUGUUUUAGAUGAAGGCUUUUAAUGUAACCUUUGAGAGCAGUAUGCUGGAAAUCAUUACCAUCAUUACCAAGUGCGCAGAAUGAGAUAACGUGCUGCAAUUUUAUGGUCUUUUGCCUUUUAGUGUACAACUUUAACAAACAGAGGGAAAAAAUCAGGAGCCAACUUGUUUGUUCUUAGCAAACAAUGACAAUGACCUUUUUACUGGUUCAUAUUGCAGACUAGAUGUUGAAUUUGUUUUAAUUAUGUAACUUGGGCUGUACAGUAUAUUUAAUGCUUUAGAUUAGUAAACAUAACAGAUCCGUUUGCUGGUGUGUGUAAAUGGCAGUGGUGUGAAGGUAUACAAAUAAAAGUGCUUCAGGUCACAUUUCACCCCCCAUCUACCCCCAUAUAUAUAUCUCCCUGUAAUUCCCUUUAUUCUCAGUGGUGAUUCUCAUUGCUGUAAUUGAUGUAAUUUUUAUUUUAUUUACUUCAGCAUAAAUUAA